AUGACUCGAGAUACAAAAUCUGCGUCUGAGGUUGGACAACGGAGUUUGUGCUACCAUGGUCAAGCGAGAGAUUUUGUCGACUUACACGAACAGGUCGAGACGAGCGUGAAUCUUCUGGAUUCUCUGGAAUCCUUUCUGUCUACAUUUCAAAAGGACCUUUCUUCUGUAUCUGGCCAGAUAUCAGAGCUACAAGAAAGGAGCAAAGACAUUGACAACAGGCUGAAGAGCCGACGCAGAAUAGAGAAACCGCUUUCAAGUCUUCUGUCAGACCUCGCCAUACCUCCGUCACUUGCAAUUACUAUCUUAGAUACAGAUGUUGGGGAGCCUUGGAUAGCAACUAUCACUGACCUUGAACGACGGUUGGAUCUUCUGAAGGUUCGGUCUCGUGUUAAAGCUGCCAGGGAUAUUGGAGACCUUGCAGAAGGCCUUCGCAUAGUAGUGCGUGUAUCUUUUGUUGUCUAUUCUCUCAUGUUUGUCCAAUACUUGAUCAAGGCAGCUACGAAAUUACGAACUUUCUUUCUCGCAUUGCUACAACCGAUACGAACAAGUGUCACGACGAACAUGCAAGUUAUGCAGACUUCUGUCUUCGUGAAGUACAGAGCAUUAUAUGCAUUCCUCCAACGGCAGGCACCGAACGUUGCUGGCGAGGUUCAAAAGGCUUAUACUAGCACAGCCCGCGCAUACUACGAGACUGGUUUUCGUCGUUAUAUACGCAGCCUAGGAUGGAUCAAGGCAAGGACCUCAGAGAAAUCUGACCUCAUUAUCUUAGGAAACAGAGAUAACGGUGGACCAUACCUAGAUCAAGAUCGUCUUGCAUACGCGAAGAUGGAUGGACCAAGCGUCAUCCUUGCCUAUAUGGCAGAUGACAAGACUCACGAAGAGCCUAUCGAAGCUAUUCUCAGGUCCCUUUUUCUGGUGUUGAUGGAUAAUGCCACCGCAGAAUAUGCGUUCGUCGCUGCCUUCUUCAGUUCCCAGUCCUUUGCGCCCCCUCCUGCGAUGGAAACUAACAGCGCCCUAUAUUCACCCACUGCCACGCUUUUGUCGCCUGAUUUUGGCUUUGACGAUAGGAGGUCCAAUGCUGGUUCUGAAAUUGGUAUGCAAAUCUCAAGACCCUUCAGCGGCAACGGGCACAAACCUCGUGAUAUGACAGCACGACCCGGCCUUAUGGACAAGGCUGAGCGUGCGCCGUUAGAUGCCAUUUGGAAACAAAUCCUAGAUCCCGUUCUAGAAUAUUGCAAGACUUUUGUGACCACCGUUCUUGAGCCCAUGCCGCCGGCCGUGCCACUACUCACGAUGAUCCGACUCACGGAGGCUGUAAUUACUGAAGUGCAAAAAAGGGACUGCCCGCCCUUGGAAAACUUUUUAUUUACCAUGCGGUUGCAGCUGUGGCCCGCGUUCCAGAAAAUUAUGUCGGAACAUAAUGAUGCUUUGAAGAAGCUUGCGGAAGGUCGAACAACCAGCUACUUCAGCAGAGCUACUUCAACGACGGAUGCGUCUGUUGCAGAUGUUUGCAGCAGAUAUGUUGUGAUGUUUAAUUCCUUUGUCAUUCUGACCGAUCAGGAAGAAGAGACCAUGAUUUUUUCCAACCUUCUUCGUCUCCGACAGGAGCUCACGAAAUUGAUCACUUGCCACACCGAGAACAUCAACGACGAUGUUGCUAAAGCUACCAAACAGUCGGCGAUGUAUGAGGUUCUUUUGCAAGGACUAAAUAAAGGGAUUCAUUCGAGCACCCACCCCAAAUCUCAGAAGGAAAUAGCUUACUGGGCAGAGAAAGAAGAAGAGGCUCGACGCCGAAUAGUGUCCAUUGCUCAAAGUAGACGAAUUGGUAAGAGAUAG